GGGCCGAGAGUAGGAAGCCGCCAUUUUCUGAAUGCUCUCGCCAAGAGGGAGAAAUGUUAGAGUUAGCCUGGGCCCAGCUGGUGAAAUACUCCUGACGCUUCCGAGUGUGUGGCGGAACGAUUUUUUUUAAAAAAGGAAAGAAAAAGUCUCAAACUCUUAACACUCUUGGCGUGCUGCGCAGGCCUGUACGUUUUUUUUUAAAGAAAAAAGAUAUUUUUAAAUAUUGUUUGCGGGCCCUGUCUCUGGCCGUGUGUGUGGACACGUUGAGCAUCCGGAGCCGCAGCUGCUAUUUGUAAAUUUUUGUUUUCGUUAUUAAAAGGGGGGGUAAAGAUCCUUUCGUUUCGAUGUUCGGUCUUUGAUUUCCCCACCCCCUUCUCCCUCCAAAGGGAGAAGACGAAACAACCCCAGUUCCUUUAGGUCAUAAAGCAACCCCCCCCCCCCCCCCCCACUUGCCACUUUCCUCCGUCCUGAUCUUUCCUUCCCCCUCCUCCCCCGUCAACAAAUUGUUUAGUGUUUGACAAGAGCCGAUCGGCCUCUGUUAUCUCCCACCCCCCCCAAAAAAAAACCUUUCUCCCUUUCCAAGCUUGAUCACAAUGAUGAUAGAAAAUCUCGAUGCCCUCAAGUCGUGGCUCACCAAGACCCUGGAACCUAUAUGUGAUGCAGAUCCAUCCGCACUUGCUAAAUAUGUUGUUGCUUUGGUGAAAAAGGAUAAAAGUGAGAAGGAGUUGAAGGCACUAUGUGUUGACCAAUUAGAUGUCUUCCUGCAGAAAGACACCCAUACAUUUGUAGAAAAGCUUUUUGAAGCUAUAACUGCAAAGAGUUACCUACCUCAGUCUGAGCAAUUGGCAUCCGUGAAUGUAAAAUCUGAGCCUGCACAACGGCAAGAAAGAGAGGAUAGAAAAGAAGAGGGAAGCAAAGAUGAAGAUGAUCGGGAAAAAAAAUUUACAAGGAGGCUGAAUCACAGCCCACUGCAGUCAGGAUCACGACACAGAGAUAACCGAAACCGCGAUGACAGAAAAAACGAUCGUUCUCGUAAAAGGGAGUACGACCGAUAUCCAUCAAGGAGAGAUUCAUACAGGGACAGAUACAACAGAAGAAGAGGAAGAAGCCGAAGCUACAGUAGAAGUCGGAGUCGCAGUUGGAGUAAGGAAAGAAACAGGGACAGGAGCAGAAGCAGGAGUAGAAGCAGAGAGAGGGAUUCGGGGAAGUCCAAGUAUGACCUUGACAGGACAGAAUCGUCAGAAAGUGGCUACACUCCCAAUACUGUGGCAAACUUGACAUCUGGCCAUUAUCCUGUUCCCACUCUGAGUAGUGCAAUCACAGUCAUCGCACCAGCUCACCAUGGCAACACUACUACAGAGAGUUGGUCAGAGUACCAUGAGGACCAGAUUGAUCAUAGCUCAUAUGGAAGGGGGCCACUUCCAAAGAAGCGCUGUCGAGACUAUGAUGAAAAGGGCUUCUGUAUGAGAGGUGACAUGUGUCCGUUUGACCACGGAAGUGAUCCAGUAGUGGUAGAGGAUGUGAAUCUUCCAGGCAUGCUGCCUUUCCCCUCACAGUCUUCAGUAGUUGAGGGACCAAAUCCUGCCCCCCUGCCUCCACCACCACCCAUUCUGGCUCCUCCACCUGUUAAUCUGAGGCCUCCAGUCCCUCCACCUGGACCAUUACCCCCCAAUCUGCCUCCUGUUGCAGUAGGUCCCCCACCACCUUUACCACCACUUCAACCUCCUGGAUUGGAUGCACCCCCAAGCUCAAUUACUAGUUCAGUGCCUCCUGUUGUCACAUCUGUAAUUCAUCACCAGCCUCCUGCACCACAGCCUCCUCCAUAUACAGCAGAAACCUAUGAAACUGAUGGAUAUAAUCCUGAAGCACCAAGUAUAACCAGUACUUCAAGACCUGUUUACAGACACAGGGUACACAGCCAAAGACCUAAUUUAAUUGGACUUACAUCUGGAGAUAUGGAUCUGCCACCACGAGCUGUAAAUAUUACUGUGAAAACCGAAAAACCUGUUAGCAACAACAACAACAUGAGAAUAGUGGUGGAUUCUGAGUCCAGGAAACGUACAAUUGGGGCUUCUGCUGAAGGAGUGCCUGCAAAGAAGUCCUGGUUUGACAAGUCAAAUUUCAACAAGACCAACAGCCAAGGAUUUCAAAAGAAACCACAAUACGGGGUUGAAAACACCAAGCUUGAACUUCGGAGGGUUCCACAGGAAUUAAAUAACAUCAGCAAACUUAAUGAACACUUCAGCAAAUUUGGAACAAUUGUAAAUCUGCAGGUUGCGUAUCAAGGUGAUCUAGAGGGUGCCCUUAUUCAGUUUGCUGUUCACGAAGAAGCAAAGAGGGCAAUCUCAAGUACAGAAGCAGUUCUUAAUAAUCGAUUCAUCAAAGUAUACUGGCAUCGAGAAUGCAAUUCUCAGCAAAAGACAGCUGCAAAUCAAAAGGUGGCUUGUGGACUACAGCAACCAGUCACGCCAUCGUCUUUCACAGCUGUCAAACAAUCUGUGAAGGAUAGACUAGGGCCCCUACCACAAGGAAAUGUCGAACCCACGCAAACUCAGGUCAUUCCUGUAGCCAACAUUCAGAAUUCAAGUAAACUGUCGGUUAGAGAUCGACUUGGCUUUGUGACUAAGCGCCCAGAACCUGCUCCAACUGAAAAGGUGUUAUCAACUACAACAGGCCUUACAAAAACCGUCUACAAUCCAGCUGCCCUAAAGGCAGCGCAAAAAACAUUAGGCCCUGUUUCAUCAGAUUCUACAGAGACGCCCAAAAAAAAACAGGAUACACUUAGACUUCAGCAGGAUGUGAGGAAAAAGAAACGAGAAAUUUUAGAAAAGCACAUUGAAACACAAAAGAUUUUGAUAUCAAAGCUGGAGAAAAACAAAAAGAUGAAAUCAGAAGACAAAACCGAAAUUAUGAAAACAUUGCAAGCCUUAACCAAGAGUAUAACCAAACUACAAGAUGAACUUAAAGCAAGUGGAACAGGCUCUACUGCUCCCAAAACAGUAAAAACCAAAGCACAGAUGCAAAGAGAGCUACUAGACACGGAGUUGGACUUGUAUAAGAAAGUACAGGCUGGAGAAGAUGUCACUGGACUUCGAAAAAAGUACAAUGAGCUUCAGCUAGAGGCUGCCAAACGCGGGAUCCUUUCCGCAGUUCGUGGAAGAGGACACCACUCGAGGGGACGAGGAGGACAUCGAGGUCGCGGUAGAGGGCAUCGCGGACGAGGCCGGGGUGCACCUUUUCAUUCUGUAGUGGACCAUCGCCCAAAAUCAUUGAAUAUAUCUGGAUUUUCAGAAAGUGACCAAGAUGAAGUCCUGCCACAUUUUGCACAAUUUGGUGAAAUUGAGGAUUGUCAGAUUGAUGACUGCUCUCGCCAUGCAGUUAUUACUUACAAGACAAGGGCAGAGGCAGAGGCUGCUGCUUUACAUGGAAUUCGCUUCAAAGGACAGGACCUUCAACUUGCAUGGUUUAAGCCUGGAGCUGCCACCGCAACUACUGAACCUGAGGAUGUGGAGGCAGAUGAAGAGGAGUUUCAGGAAGAGCCUUUGAUUGAUGACUUAUUGCUCCAAGAUGAUGAUGAUGAAGAAGAUGAUAACGAACCACGUUCAUGGCGAAGAUGAUCAAAGAGCAACCAAUGUUUACUUACAGAAAGCUAUGCUGUCUGCAUUCUAAAUCAUAAUGUGAUUUUUUUAAAAAGAAAAACUAAUGUACUAAAGAUUGUAGUGAAUUACCUAUAAUAGUUCAGGAGCACUGUUUGGGGUAGAGUGUUAGCAACUCAUUACAGAGCUACUGUACCCAUUUGGAAGAAAUGAAAUGAAAUUACGGCUUUAGUUGCAGCAGGAGGCAUGUAUGUAAUUCAUUUUUUAAAAAUUCAUUUUGUGAAACUUGGUAUACAGAUGUUCAUUGAACUUAGCCUAACAAAGAUACCAAGACUUUAUCUGUAAUUUACUGAUUUGGUCAUAUGAUCUGACCAAACUAAGAACAUUUCAAUGUAACUACUAUAAUUGGUUCCAUGUUGUUAUGGAAUGAAAGUUGACAUUGAAUCUCUAUGGAUGUUUUGAAAAACUGAGACAUUCUAAGCUUUGUGAUAAAGCAGAGAAUUUGGGAAGUACUGAAAAGUGCUCUUGUUUGUUAAAAGUUAUGUAUACCUUUAUUUUGCAUAGUUUGUUUUAGGCUUUACUAUGUAUUAGCCUUGGUUUUCUUCUGUUGGAUUUGUGUAUGUAUUUUACUUGAGGGUUGAUUUUAAACAUUCAUUGUACAACAGCUCUGUCAAAAGUCUUUUUGACUUCUGGCACAUGUUUAAAAAAAAUAAAGAAAUGGAAUGGUCUAAUAUAUAUAAAAAAGAAAAAAAAGUAUGUAAUAUAAAAGAGAAUUGGUUACAUGUAAAAACACAGACCAUUCCAAAUCCCCACCAAAA